AUCCUAUUCCUCCACUCUACAUCAAAAUGUUGGGCGCCGCAGGUCGUGUCGCCUCUGGGCUGGUCAAAUCUGCCACCGCUGUUCAGACUGCUGUCAAGAGUAACAUCCCAGCUGUUGCAGCACAGAACCGUCAGUAUGCUGCUGCACCCGCUGCUGCCAAGCUGCCCAAGGGUCAAGUUGUCUCUGUUAUCGGAGCUGUCGUCGACGUUCAGUUCGAAGAUGGUCUUCCAGAGAUCCUCAACGCUCUUAGAGUCGAGAACCGUGAACCCAAGCUAAUCCUUGAGGUUGCCCAGCAUCUGGGAGAGAACACUGUCCGUACCAUUGCCAUGGAUGGUACUGAGGGUCUUGUCAGAGGUCAGGUUGUCAACGACACCGGAGCUCCCAUUAUGAUCCCCGUCGGACCUGAGACCCUCGGCCGUAUCAUCAACGUCGUCGGAGACCCAAUUGACGAGCGUGGCCCCAUCCCCACCGACAAGCGUCAGGCUAUCCACGCCGAGGCUCCCGAGUUCGACGAGAUGAGCGUUGAGCAGGAGAUCCUUGUCACCGGUAUCAAGGUUGUCGACCUUCUUGCCCCCUACGCCAAGGGAGGAAAGAUUGGACUUUUCGGCGGAGCCGGAGUCGGCAAAACUGUACUUAUCAUGGAACUGAUUAACAACGUCGCCAAGGCCCACGGAGGAUACUCUGUCUUUGCCGGAGUAGGAGAGAGGACCCGUGAGGGUAACGAUCUGUAUCACGAGAUGAUUGAGGGAGGAGUUAUUUCUCUCAAGGACAAAACCUCCAAGGUCGCCCUUGUCUACGGUCAGAUGAACGAACCCCCAGGCGCACGUGCCCGUGUUGCUCUGACCGGGUUGACCGUUGCUGAAUAUUUCCGUGACCAGGAAGGUCAGGAUGUGCUUCUCUUCAUUGACAACAUUUUCAGAUUCACCCAGGCCGGUUCCGAAGUAUCCGCCCUGUUGGGUCGUAUUCCCUCCGCCGUAGGAUACCAGCCAACCCUGGCCACUGACAUGGGUAGCAUGCAGGAAAGAAUUACCACCACCAAGAAGGGAUCUAUCACUUCUGUCCAGGCUAUCUAUGUACCUGCUGACGACUUGACUGAUCCUGCUCCUGCUACCACCUUCGCUCACUUGGACGCCACCACUGUACUCUCCAGAUCUGUUGCCGAGAGAGGAAUCUACCCUGCUGUAGAUCCCCUUGACUCCACUUCCCGUAUCAUGGACCCCAACGUCAUCGGACACGAACACUACGGAGUUGCACGUGGGGUUCAAAAGAUCCUUCAGGACUACAAGUCCCUCCAGGAUAUCAUCGCUAUCCUGGGUAUGGAUGAGUUGUCUGAGGAGGACAAGUUAAAGGUCGCCAGGGCCAGAAAGAUUGAGAGAUUCCUCUCCCAACCUUUCCAGGUCGCUGAGGUUUUCACCAACAACCCCGGCAAGCUGGUUCCCAUCGAACAGACCAUCUCCGGGUUCAAGGAGAUCCUUGAGGGCAAGUACGAUCAUCUGCCUGAGGUUGCUUUCUACAUGGUCGGCAACAUUGAUGAGGUUUCCACCAAGGCUGAGAGAUUAGCAGCUGAGGCCGCCGCUGCCAACGCGUAAUUUUGCAUUUGUCAGCUGUAAUCUUGUCAGCUGUCAGCUGUAAUCUUGUCGCUGCAAGAUAAUAUCGUAAAAAGGAGACAGUUUAAAGUGUUGUGUUUACUAUGAUGAUUCAAACUGGUGUAAAUGUUAUGAAUAAAUGAUGAUUUAUACCUAG